AUGUUAAAAAAUAACAAAACAAUAAUUAUUAAGUACUUUCUUAAUCUCAUUAAUGGAGCUUUCUUGGUUCUUGGACUUUUAUUCAUGGGAUUUAGUGCAUGGCUUUUAUUAGACAGAAAUAUUUUUUUAACAGCUUUUGAAGAAAACAAUCACCUUAUAGUAUCUAUUUCUCAAAUUUUGAUUGGAAUGGGAUCUUCUACUGUUGUUUUUUGUCUUUUGGGCUAUAUAGGAAUUCACAACAAAAUCAGAUGGCUCUUAAUUGUGUAUGCAGUAUUGAUAACAUGGGCCUUUGGUGUUCAGGUUGUACUUUCAUCUUCACAAAGAAAGAGGAAGGAAAUGGUUUGGUAACUAUGGCAUGACAGAAUUGAUUGUGUCAUUUCUGACUAUGGAUCUAAAGAUAAGCCUGAAGAUAUAACCAAGUGGACUAUUCUGAAUGCUUUACAGAAAACAUUACAGUGUUGUGGCCAACAUAAUUACACAGACUGGAUAAAGAAUAAGAAUAAAGAAAAUCCAGGACAGGUGCCAUGUUCUUGCACAAAAUUUACUCUAAGAAAAUGGUUUUGUGAUGAGCCACUGAAUGCAACUUAUCUCAAGGGUUGUGAAAAUAAAAUCAGUACAUGGUAUAAUGUCAAUGCGUUAACUGUAACUGGAAUUAACUUUGGACUUUUAACUUCAGAGGUUUUACAGGUCUUAUUAACAGUUCGUUUCUUCAAACACAUCAAGAAUAUAAUUCAUGCAGAAAUGUGACCUUUGGAUUUCAAUUUGUUCAGAAGAAACUAGUUAAUUCUUAAAAUAAUCACACUAUAUUAUUUUAUUCCAAAAGUUUUGAAUUGCAUUAAAUAACAGAUCUAUUCAAAUUAUUGAUUAUAUUAUACUGAAUUAUUGAAUAUUAUAAUAAAACUCAUGAAAUUAUA